UCUCGUUGUAGUCGGUUGCAUGAAUUGGAGUUUAGUGAGCUAGACACGAGACUAAAAUUCGUUAAAGAAAUUAAAAAAAAAAAAAUAUAUAAAAAGAUACAAAGAUACAAAAAGUAUCUAAUAAAAUUUUAUACGAUUGUGAAGAAAGAAAAAUAAAAAAAAAAAUUUACGUACAAUUUACAGAUCUCUAUUGUGUCACUUACACUAUUUGUGUAAGUGAAUAAAUAAGAUUUGCAAGAAAAAAAGGAAAAAAAAACACGCGAAUUGAUUGAAUUUAAGUUGGUUCUUUUUUUUUUUUUAAACGAACGAACGAGUCUUGACCGAUUGUAUAAGUUGCGGAUGUUCUGAAUCGUUGCAAUUUUCAAAACAAAAAAAAAAUCAACAAGGAUAAUAAUUGUGUCAACUCGAUAUGUACUUGUGAAGUAUACAAAAACAUAACUUAUCAAAGUGUAACCCAUCAAAACAAACCUUUUACACCAGUGAGCGUUUGAUGUCGUUUGAAUGUGCAGUGCAUAUGCUAAGUUGAACAUUGGAAGUAACCCAACCUUUUAAUUGUUCGAAAAAAUCUUACUUUAAAAAAAAAUAUAAAAUUUAUAACCAUAAUAAUAAAUAAUAAAAAACCAAAAAAAAAAAACUAUGUCAAAAUGUGUCCCAAUGCCAGUGUAAUAAAUACUCAAAAUACAAUAAAAAACUUAAUGUCUUCAACUAAAAGUGACGAACAAAAAUCACGAAAUUGUCAAAAAGAUCAUAUAAAAUCUAUUUUAUCAUCGAAAAACAAUAAUUUCGACAGUUCAUUAUAUCGUCAUUUAAAAAUCAUGACGUUGAACUUUGACAAAACAAUUCGAAUGUCAUUAUUUUCAACAACAAAAAUAACAACAACAAUAUCGCAACCACCAGCAAUAGCGUCUUCUAAAUCCCCAUCAUCAACAACAUCAUCAUCAUCUGCCAUAGUCGAUAGAGUUAUCAUCGUCUAUGGUCUACUAUUAUUUCUACUAAUUAAUAUAUCCUGUGUCGAAGCCAGCAGAGAGCACUCAAGUCCAAUGAAUCUGGAAGGCAAGGUCGGAUCGUAUGUCGUGUUCAACUGUCGCGUUGACUUUCCAUACGAUUAUCACAUCCCAUAUGUUGUCCAUUGGAGCAAAGAUAAUAAAAAAAUCUUCACAUGGUACGAUGGCGAUGUUUCUACCAGCGAACUCUUCUCAGGCCGUUUAAGUUUGGUCGACAAUCACAACGAUUAUGGCAAAGCUUCAGCCAAUCUAACAUCCAUACGAGAAUCCGAUCAAGGUCUCUACCACUGCCAGAUUAUAUUUCCAAAUCGAACGCCAAGCUAUCGCAACAAUGGUACAUUUUUCCAACUCACUGUCGAAGGUGGUUCUUUGAUCAAAAUCCCACCCAUCAAUCAAACUAUAAUGGAAGGACAGACUGCGUUUUUCCACUGUGUCAUGAAAUACCCGGACACCUCGAAAGUAACAUGGUACAAGGAUGCUGUCCCUUUGAACGAACAACAAGACCUUCAACGUCGUUCGCGUAUGGGUCCCGAUGGCAGCUUGAGCAUUGAUCCGACCAUGAUGAGUGAUUUGGGUGAAUAUGAGUGCAAUGUGAAAAAUAACGAUGGGGAAGUGCAAACAGCCAAGGCCUAUCUCAAUAUUCAAUACAAAGCAAAAGUGAUUUACUCACCGCCGGAAGUGUACUUACCUUAUGGUCAGCCAGCAGUUUUGGACUGUCACUUCCGUUCCAAUCCGCCAUUGAAGAAUCUUCGCUGGGAGAAGGAUGGAUUGCUUUUCGAUUCGUACAACGUUCCAGGUGUCUUUUAUAAAAUGAAUGGCAGCUUGUUCUUCAGCAAAGUUGAUGAGAAUCAUUCGGGCAGCUACACAUGCACUCCAUACAAUGAGUUGGGCACGGAUGGACCAUCACCAAUCAUUAAUGUGAUUGUUCAGAGGCCGCCAAUAUUUACCAUCAGUCCGAAACCGAUUUACAUUCACAAGCUUGGCGAAAAUGCACAGCUUUCGUGUGAGGCUAGCGAACGUGAUGGCAAUCACCUGCCAACAAUGGCUUGGACAAGGAAAGAUGGUAUACCAUUGCCAGAGGGAAGAUACAAAAUCGAAGGAGGCAAUUUGACCAUCGAGGGAAUAGUUGAAUCAGAUCGCGGCAUCUAUGAAUGUUCAGCUACAAAUGGGGCAGCGACUAUAACAGCCGACACGGAAUUGAUGAUUGAAAACGUGGCUCCAAGGCCUCCGCAUAAUUUGACAGCAAACAGUACAGAGACAGCGAUUACAGUUCGAUGGCAACCAGGCUAUCUGCGACCCAAUUUGGAAUAUAUCGUCUGGUAUCGACUGUCGGAUGCAGCUGAAUGGCGCACAAUGCGAAUCCUCACAAAGAACGUUAUGGAGGCGACAAUCAAAAAUCUCAUACCCGGCCGGGAAUAUGAAUUUAUGGUGCUUAGUCAGGAUCGAUAUGGGGACGGGAUGUUCAGCAAACUUUUCCGUUAUUCUACCAAAGGUUCGGAUUUUAGUGAACCAGAACAGUUUCAUGAUCCAAUACCACCAUCAACUCGCAUUGGACCACCAAGAAACCUUACAGCUUUGGAAAACUCACAUGGCUACCUUUUGCAUUGGGAUCCACCGGUUCAUGGCUUGGAUAGCCUUCGAUUGUAUGUGAUUCGAUGGUGGCGAGAACCCGAACACUAUCUCAUCGGAUCGGCUGAAACUAUUGACACCUACUAUCAACUGAGACACCUUAAAGAAGAUGCUAUUUAUAAAGUUCAGAUCAACAGCCAAUCGAUAAACGGGGAUCAAGAAGCUAGCAAUGAGCUAGAAUUGGUGGUGCCAUCUCAUCGUAAAAUGAGAGCUGUCGUUAUAGGCAGUGCAGUUGGAGUGAUUUUUUUGGUGACAGCAUUUUGUGCAUUUUUGUAUGUCAAACGGAGUUGCUUUCGACACUUGAAGAGCAAUAAUGAGAAAAUUAAUGAUACCUAAACAAAAAUAAAAAUUAAUAAAAUACAUCCAUACAACUUUCUUCUUAAGCCAUAUACUUUUGUAUCUUUCUGAUGUUUUUUUUUUUUUUUUG